GUGUAGAUUUAUGAUGUUUAGACAAUUCACAGUUUAUGGCUCUGCAGGCCUGCUCACAGUUUAGUUUGUUGAACUUCAUUCUAAAGCAGUGGCGGAUCUGUUUUUGCUCCACUCUUGUUUGAAGAGCAUGUUUGUACAGAAAGUCCUCAGGGGCCUCUCUGUGUGUGACUGGCACAACCUUUAGCCACGAGGAUGGGGAGACUCAUCCUCUUUUGUCAUUCAAUUGGCCUCUUUGUCAUUCCCUUAAUUCAAGAAGUGGCCUUUGUGCCAACAUGCGCAUUAGAAACACCAAGACUUACGCAUGUUUCUCUGCUGUCUCACUCACACCGUUCUGUAUCUGCACUUGUUUAUCAGCAACACUUCAGUUCAUUUCAUGGCAUGGCUUGCACACUAUGGGGAUCUUAGCGUAUGUUCUACUAACUCGGGUGGAUUUCCUACAUUCUGCAGCUCUCCAGUUGCUCUGGUUUCUGUAAGCGGGCAGUUGGGUGGCUUUUGACCGUGUUUAGAGAGUUUCACCAUCCUGAGCUGAGGAAUAAUAAACAUGACGGUGGCCAACGCAAAGUCUGGCUCAGCCAUGCAGCAGGUUCUGGACAACCUGAAAGAGCUGCCAACAGGCACAGGAGCCAAAGACAUUGACCUCAUCUUCCUCAGAGGCAUCAUGGAGAGCCCCAUCGUCCGAUCCCUUGCCAAGGCUCAUGAACGUCUCGAGGAAGUUAAGCUCCAAGCUGUCCGGGACGAUAACGUUCAACUGGUCACAGAGAUCUUGGAUUCCCUCAACAUCCUGCCUGAGAAAGAUGCUGCCGCUGCUGAGCUCGCCAGAAUCCUCCAGGAGCCUCACUUUAAGUCUUUGAUCGAGGCUCAUGACAAAGUGGCUGCAAAGUGCUAUGAAAUGCCCAAUGCUGCGGUUAACAGCAAUUCAUUGUUGACAAGUUCACUCAUGCCAGCUGAUGCCGUCAGGAUGAUCGGUAUCCAGAAGAAAGCUGGAGAACCGCUGGGGGUGACGUUCCGGGUGGUGCAGGGAGAGAUGGUGAUCGCACGGAUCCUGCACGGCAGCUCGAUUGACAGGCAGGGCAUGCUGCACACGGGGGACAUAAUCCGCGAGGUGAACGGUCGAGAGGUCGGCAGCAACCCCCACGAGCUCCAGGAGCUGCUGAGGGACUGCAGUGGCAGCAUCACGCUCAAGGUUCUGCCGAGCUACAAGGACACGCCAGCACCGCCACAGGUUUAUCUUAAACCACACUUCAACUAUAAUCCAGCAACAGACAACUUGAUCCCCUGUAAAGAGGCUGGUCUGGCCUUCUCCAAAGGCGACGUUCUUCAUGUAGUCAACAAGGAGGACUCCAACUGGUGGCAGGCUCGCAAAGUUGUUGGUGGUGCAACUGGUCUCAUCCCCAGUCAGUUCUUGGAGGAGAAAAGGAAAGCUUUUGUGAGGAGAGACUGGGAUGCCUCUGGUACAGGGAUGCUCUGUGGAACUCGAAAUGGAAAGAAAAAGAAGAAAAAAAUGAUGUACCUCACAGCCAAGAAUGCAGAGUUUGACCGCUAUGAGCUGCAGAUCUAUGAGGAGGUUGCCAAGAUGCCCCCGUUCCAGAGGAAAACGCUGGUUCUGAUAGGAGCUCAGGGAGUCGGGAGGAGAAGCCUGAAGAACAGACUUAUCCUCUUGAAUCCUCUGAGAUAUGGAACCACUGUCCCCUUUACGUCACGCCGUCCCAGAGAAGAGGAGAAAGACGGCCAGAACUACUGUUUCGUGACGCGGGAAGAGAUGGAGAAGGACAUCAAGGAGAGCCGAUACUUGGAACACGGCGAGUACGAUGGCAACCUUUACGGCACCAAGAUCGACUCUAUUCAUGAGGUGGUCCAUGCUGGCCGUACCUGCAUCCUGGACGUCAACCCUCAGGCCCUAAAAGUGUUGAAGACUGCUGAGUUUAUGCCAUUUGUGGUGUUUAUUGCUGCUCCUGAACUGGACACAUUAAGAGCUAUGCACAAAGCUGUGGUAGAUGCUGGACUUACGACCAAACUACUCACAGAGAACGAUUUAAAAAAAACUGUGGACGAGAGUGCCAGGAUCCGCCGGGCGUACAGCCACUACUUUGAUCUAACAAUUGUGAAUGACAAUCUGGACAAGGCCUUUGACAAGCUGCAGGAGACGGUGGAACGGUUAUUCAUCGAGCCACAGUGGGUUCCAGUCAGCUGGGUCUACUGAUGGUUUACCCCCUACUGGACAGACACUGCUGUUGGAGCUGCCAGGCCCAGGAUGAAAGGGGAUUCAACACCGAGCUGCACACAGACAGACUGUUGGACAUCGGCCCUGUGUGAAUUGGGUCUCGCACAAAGCUGCAUCAGUCACCUUGAUCUGAAUUGCCAGAUUCCUUUCUAGCACACUAUGCAACACACGGGAAGUGUACUUAUUUAUUGGCGAAUAUUUUUUAAAGAAAAUUUUCUAUUCAAACACAUUGGAAGAAAACGCUGGCCCUCCGUGUCAGAUUGUUCCGAAAAGCAAAACGCGGUCUUUUGCCAUGUCCUGUUUUAAUUUUACAUCUGUAUGUAUGAUAAGUAAAUUGUAUUUAUUCUGAGAAAAUGAGGGCUUGCUCAUUGGAAAGGAUGAUACCUCAGUGUUACAGUUUACAGUACAUAUGUGUCCAGUACUUCAUCUCAUUUUGUCACUACAAAUUUGUUGUCGUCAUUCAUGUAGAUUAGUGUCAUAUUUGUCUUCCUGAAGACAACAUUUAUGCCCCUACGUCUUCUUAACCUCAACCUCAUGAAUGGAAAACUUAUGUACAGGGAGAAAAAGUAAUACUGUAGUGUUUACCCAUUAUUUCUCGUUCAGUCAAGCACAAGAGAUAUUGAUUAUGCUGAUUGUUUGUCGGACCUUUGGAUCAUGUAACCGUUUCUGACUGUUAGACCGGUUAAUUUGGUGCUGUGUUUGUGUCUGAACGAAAAUCUUUCCACAGGACUCUCGACCAGGGUACUGCAUCUCAGUGAACCAUCCCUUUUGAUGUGAUAAUACUAAAACUUAACAGUUUUAAGAUAAAGUUGAUAUUUACUUAUAAAAAAAGGUAUAUUUUACAAGAUUUCAGAUAAGAUGUAUUUUCAGAUGUCAAAUAAAUAACUGGUGUUUUCUAA